AUGCUUUUUCAGUCAUCACCUCUGACCAACAAUCCAGCACCAUUACCUUUACCUAAACAAUCCUCGCAAACACACUGCCCAAAGUUAAACAGCUCCCUUCCUGUUGCAAAUGAAGAUAAACCAAUACUUUUGUUAUGGUUCUGGCCUGAAAAUUACUAUUUUGACUUCAGUGAUUGUAAAACCUUUUACGGUAUUGACGGUUGUGAGUUGACGGAUAAAAGAUCUCUCUACAGCAGUGCAGAUGCCGUCCUUCUUUUUCACAAGGCCAUUAGUUGGGACUUGUCUAACCUUCCUCCAUCUCCUCGUCCUCCAUUCCAGAAGUGGAUAUGGUUUAAUGUAGAAUCACCAACCAACACACAGAAAAAACCAGGUCUGGAAAACCUGUUCAAUCUCACUCUUAGUUACAGAGAAGACUCUGACAUUCCUGUACGGUUGCGCUUGACCACAAAUAAGAAAGCUGAGGACUUUGAAAUUCCCAAAAAGGAAAAACUGGUCUGUUGGAUUGUAAGCAACAAUAUCCCUCAUACAGGCGUCAGUGCAAGGAACAGAUAUUUCCAUGAUCUUAACAAGCACGUAUAUGUGCAUGUGUACGGGAAGGCGUAUGGAAAGUUCCUGGAUUAUAAGGACUACUAUUCUACCAUAGCGAGCUGCAAAUUUUAUUUAUCCUUUGAGAAUUCUCUUCACAAGGACUACAUCACUGAGAAGUUAAAUGGGCCACUUGCAGUAGGUACUGUCCCUGUGGUAAUGGGUCCUCCCAGAAAGAAUUAUGAAAAAUUUGUUCCUGGUGGUGCCUUUAUUCAUGUGGACGACUUCCCAGAUGCAAAGUCACUAGCGGAAUAUUUGAAGCAGCUGAAUACGGAUGAUGAUGCAUAUCACAGGUUCUUUAACUGGAGGAAACAUUUGUCUGCAAGGCCUCAUUUAAUACAACAGAAUCAAGAGUUUAUUCUGGCUAUUUGCACUGCCUGUGAUCAUGUAGGAAGACACAAGGAAUAUAGAGAAGCUCAUGAUAUUUAUGAAUGGUUUUUUAACUAA